GAAGUGGCCGAGCUGUCGGGAGGGGCCUGAGUGGGCACUUCGAGGACCCAAGAUUGUCUAAAGCCACAGGGAAAAUGGUGGAAAAUUCACCGUCGCCAUUGCCAGAAAGAGCGAUUUAUGGCUUUGUUCUUUUCUUAAGCUCCCAAUUUGGCUUCAUCCUGUAUCUUGUGUGGGCAUUUAUUCCUGAAUCUUGGCUAAACUCCUUAGGAUUAACCUACUGGCCUCAAAAAUACUGGGCAGUUGCAUUGCCCGUCUACUUCCUCGUUACUAUAGUAAUUGGUUACGUACUCUUAUUUGGAAUAAACAUGGUGAGUACCUCUCCACUCAACUCCAUUCAUACAAUCACAGAUAACUAUGCUAAAAAUCAACAGCAGAAGAAAUACCAAGAGGCCAUCCCAGCAUUCAGAGAUAUUCCUAUUAGUGAAGUAAACCAAACGUUCUUCCUGGCAACUAAAUAACUUUAUGCCAAAAACUAAAUUGUAUGUAGACUAACACUGAGCAUUUACUAUAAUU